GCAGGUGCUUCGGUUAUUGCCGUUUUGUCUCAGCAUUGGUGUGCGCUGUCACUCACCUCCGCGUAAUUGUUGAGGUUCGGGAUUCAAAUUUCGUGUUCGGGGGUUGUAAUGGCGGAAAACGGUGACUUAAAUGUGGAUAACCUGAUCCAAAGGUUAUUAGAAGUUCGAGGAUGCCGCCCUGGAAAAACCGUCCAGAUGUCAGAAGCAGAAGUACGCGGAUUAUGUUUGAAAUCGAGAGAGAUAUUUCUGCAACAGCCGAUCCUUCUGGAAUUGGAAGCCCCUCUCAAAAUUUGCGGUGAUAUUCACGGCCAGUACACAGACCUUCUGCGAUUAUUCGAAUACGGGGGAUUUCCACCUGAAGCCAAUUAUCUUUUUCUGGGAGAUUACGUUGACCGAGGCAAACAGAGCUUGGAAACCAUUUGUCUCCUGCUUGCGUAUAAGAUAAAGUACCCAGAAAAUUUUUUCUUGUUACGAGGGAAUCAUGAAUGUGCAUCGAUCAAUCGCAUAUAUGGUUUCUACGACGAAUGCAAGCGUCGGUAUAAUAUUAAGCUUUGGAAAACUUUCACGGAUUGCUUCAAUUGUCUGCCGAUUGCCGCGAUUAUUGAUGAGAAGAUCUUCUGUUGUCAUGGUGGUUUAAGCCCCGACUUGCAGUCGAUGGAACAGAUUCGUCGCAUCAUGAGGCCUACCGAUGUUCCGGAUACUGGACUACUUUGCGAUCUUCUGUGGUCAGACCCAGACAAGGAUGUUCAAGGUUGGGGAGAGAAUGACCGAGGGGUGUCGUUCACAUUUGGAGCCGAUGUUGUUGGAAAGUUCUUGAACCGCCAUGACCUUGACCUGAUCUGUAGAGCUCACCAGGUCGUCGAAGAUGGAUACGAAUUUUUCGCCAAACGGCAGCUAGUAACCUUGUUCUCGGCCCCGAACUACUGCGGGGAGUUUGACAACGCUGGAGGGAUGAUGUCUGUUGACGAGGCUCUCAUGUGCUCUUUCCAAAUCCUGAAGCCAUCCGAAAAGAAGGCCAAGUACCAGUACGCGGGUCUUGCUCAGGGACGAGGAGGCACUCCUAAUGCGCGCGGAGUCCAGCCACAGAAGAGGAAGUUGUGAAAGUGUUUCGUUUCAGUUCUUGACAAUGCUUACUGGGUUGUGAACGCAUGUAUCGAACUCCCUUUUCCUUUGUUCGUUGUCCGGUUAUCCUAGUGAUAGAAUCCCUCGCUGAUUGAAAAGUCCUAAAUCCUCGUUUGAUGACAGAUCUCGAUUGACUCAACUGCCGAACAGCUUGGAGGCGAUUUAUUUUGCAACUUCAAAAUAUCUUAACGGAUUUCGUACACCCAAGAAACGUUAUUUCCAAAUGUUGUAUACGAGGAUUUUUUAAUUUCUGGUUUGGACCUGUUGCAUCCCAUGCUUUUUGCACAAGAGAUAUUCCUCUGCACUGCUUGAGAAUCUUGAAAGCCUUUUUCUCCAUUUUUUUAUGAAGAUCUUGCUAAAUAGUAAAGAUGUUAGCAUUUUUUGUGAAGUGCUAGUGUUUUCAGAAAUUAAUCGAUGUGCUUCAUUAUAAAAAAUUGACUUAGAAAGCCUUGAAGGCUCACUUCGUCGCCCUUGAAAUGACUUCGUUACAGGCGUCCCCAAGCGUUUUUAUACUGAAAAUGCUGAUGGAAAAUAUAUGCCAUUAAUUUGA